CAGACUUGGGGAGUGCAAAACAAGACAUCUGUCUACUUUGUCUGUCUGUCUAUCAGCCUUACACAGAUGUAAACAGAGCAGUUCUCACAAAGUGUCUGUGCGCAAUCAUUGGGAGAUUUAGCAUUUCUACUCUGUAGUCAGCUGUGGUAGCAACAGCCGAUGUAGAAGUUUAAUCGAUUAAUUGAAUAUUGUUUACUUAAAUUUUUGUUUUGCUUACAAUUUGUAGGAAUGAUUAUGUGUCAUAGGGUGUGCGUUUAAAAAUUUGAAAUUUGUAAAUUUUAGAAACAUUACCUUAAAAUGUUAACCGAAAAGGAAUUAUCUGGUCUAAAAGAUAUAUUAAAAACCAUUAAAGACGUUGACUUGUUUUCAAUCUUGGAGACGACAAGCAAGCGAAUGAUAGUUGCACAAGAUAGAGAGGGGGCAAUCAAAUCGAUAUUAUCAUGCACUAUCCAACCUAGUGAUCUUCUAAGGCGCCAGAAAGUUACAAAGAAAAUUUUAUUUAAUUACUUAAGAAACAUUAAACCGCAUGUUAAUCCAAAUGCUGGUAAAGGAGCUCUUGUUAAAAUGUGUCUUGAGGAAUGGCAUUCAAAAGAGAUUUACAAGGAGCGUGCUUCACAUUUUUUGGAGCCAUCAGUGAGGAUAUGGUCGGUCUUGGAAACUGUGGAUUCUAGUGGUUUAGUUGCAAACUUUGUUUGGGAAUACAAAGUUGAAGCUUUUAUUAUAGAAGAUUCUAGCAAGAUAGAUGUUAUGAAUAAGGAAAGUGACUAUGAGGAUGCAGAAAUGGUAUAUGAUACAAAUGAAAUGGAUGCUCAGCAGCCUAGCAAGACAUCUCUGAUGAAUGCAAUGGGCAGAGAAUUUUCAAAAUGGUUUUUCAGUGUAUAUAAUAAUAUUAAAGAGUUUGGGCCUGAACAUUUUUGGCCAGAUUGCUUUUUCAAAGCUGAAGUGAAAUCACCUUGGGACCAUAAGGAAGUUAUGCUUUCUGGAGCAAAUGAUGUUGUAAUAUUUCUUUCUAAUUUAAUAUUAAUAGAUAAAUUAUUUUUUCAUGCAAAUGUAUCAGAAGACUCUAUUAUUUGUGAACAAGAGCAGCAUGGCUUAGUUAAAAUCAUAGUGAGUGGUGUACUACAUCGAUCAUCGGACUGUGUUGGACUCUUUGACAGUGCUUUUGGUUUAGUUAGGAAUCCAACUCUUGAUGACAACUGGAAAAUAAAAUGGGUGUAUAUGAAACUUUGUAUAAAUACAAGUACUAAAGAUGGACUAGCUCCUGAAGCAUGCUUUCCAAGCUUAUGUCAGCCUGUAUAGUAUUACACCAAUGUGCCACAGUCAUCAGUUAUGUUUGCAUACAAUAUUCAAGAUUUAUAAGAGAUUAAAUAGUAAUUUGUUAAUAAAUUUAUUUGACAAUGCUUUCUAUUACAUUCUUUUGUUAACUUUAAAUUUGUAAUACUAUAUGAAUAUUUUCUAUGGUAGAACAGGCAUAAUAAACUAUUGCACAUAAUAGCUUUAUCUGAAACGGAGAAAUUUUUUUAUUUUAUUAUGAUUUCCAUCUCUAAAACAUUUAUUUUUAAUACUAAUUUAUUCUUAAAUUCUAAGAAUAACCUAAAACUCAAAAGCAUUAUAUUGUUUUAAAUAUUUUUGACAAUUUUAUUUAGAGUUUGAAUUGUUAUAUAUAUGUAUAUGUUCACAUUAAAAGCUUCAGAUAUUUCUUAUAGUUUCGUAUAAUAUUUAUUAUUAAAAUAUUAAAGCAAAAUUGUUUUACUUAUAUCCAUCAUAUUUUAAAUAAGAAAUGAAUAGUUUAGUUUACUUCUCUUUCCAAAGCCUGUUAAGCUUCAAUGUCAUUCUGUGCUAUAUUUUGAACCUUGUUUUAAGAUAAAUAUGCAAGUUGUUUGUUUUUCCUGCAAAUUUCAUUUGGGUGACAAAUUAAAAUCAAAUUCAACAGUGAA